CCGCCGCGGGGCUCCAUGGAGAAAGCGGCGGCGAGCGAGGGCGGCGGCAGCAACAGCAGCAGCCGCAGCAGCAGCCGCCCCACGUCGGCGGGCUCGUCCCCCUCGUCCUCCUCCGCCAGCCGCGGGCUCCCGGGCCGGGUGGCGGCCGCGGGGAGGCUGGAUGGAGGCGGGGGGGCCGGCGGCGGCAGCAGCAGCCCCGGCUCGGCGGCGGCCAGCCCGGGGGGCGCGCAGGCGCCCGGCAGCGGCGGCAGGCGGCGGGAGCCGGUGCUGGAAGGGACGCUCAGCAAAUACACCAACCUCCUGCAGGGCUGGCAGAGCAGGUACUUUGUGCUGGACUUUGAGACGGGGAUUCUGCAGUAUUUCGUGAAUGAACAAAGUAAAAACCAGAAGCCAAGAGGAGCCUUGUCUUUAGCUGGAGCUAUAAUAUCGCCCAGUGAUGAAGUGCCACACAUGUUGGUGGUCUACUCUGCUAAUGGAGAGAUGUAUAAGUUAAAAGCUGCUGAUGCAAAGGAGAAACAAUACUGGAUAACUCAGCUUCGAUCCUGUGCCAAACAUCACAAGGAAGGUAAUUCUAAGAACAUUUCAUCAUCACGAAGUAGAAGCUCAUCUCUGCUGCCUCCUGGAACAGUUAAUUCUGCAUCUCCCAGUGGCCAGAAACACAUGAGUCAAAGUGGGCCAACCGUUGUCACCAUCACACAUCACAAAUCACCUGCAGCCGCUCGAAGAGCAAAGAACCAGCGAUCUGGUCAACUCAAUGAAGUCAAAGAGGCCUUUGGUAGUCUCAAGCCCAUCGUUUUUGUGGAUGUUUUUGGACCUUUACAGAUAAUGAGCCAAGUUGAAGGACAACAAAAGAACCUUGUACAAGCCAUUGAAGCUCUCCCAAGUUCUGGGCCCCUUUCUGCCUUGGAUCAGGACUUGCUACUUUUAAAAGCUACCUCUGCUGCCACCCUGAGCUGCCUUGGAGAAUGCCUGAGUCUAUUACAGCAAAGCAUGCAUCAAGUGGGCCAUCAUCAUAAUAGAACACUGUCAUCAGAAGGUAUCCUGGGAUGGCCUGGGCCCAAGUCACACUCCCAAGAGCAACUGAAAAAUGGUGCCCUCAGCUCCUUAUCAUCUGCCAGUGCCAACAUUACAUGGGCAAUAGUACCAUCUGCCUCCCAGGACGGACAGGCGCUACAACCAAAUACAGAGCAUUCAGCUUCUGAGUUGAUCCUAGUUGAAGAUGAAAUGACAGAUACUGAAGAUAAUGAAGAGGAGGAUUUAGGAGUCAUGGAUGAUCAACGCAGUGUAAUUCUCCAUCUUAUCUCUCAGCUCAAACUUGGCAUGGACCUUACCAGGGUAGUGCUUCCAACAUUUAUUUUGGAGAAAAGAUCCCUGCUGGAGAUGUAUGCAAAUUUCAUGGCCCAUCCAGACCUGUUUUUGUCAAUUGCAGCUGGAACCACUCCCGAGGAAAGAAUUAUCUGCUUUGUGGAGUAUUAUCUAACAGCUUUUCACGAAGGCCGAAAGGGAGCAGUUGCCAAGAAACCCUAUAACCCUAUAAUUGGUGAAACCUUUCAUUGCUCGUGGGAUGUGCCUAAAGAUAAAGUGAAAGCAUUCAGAACUAAUGGUACCUCCACGGUUUCUAAGGACCCAACCAAGGAGUUUGGCCAGGACCAGUCCGCGUGCUACAAGCUGAGGUUUGUAGCUGAACAAGUGUCCCAUCAUCCGCCGGUAUCUUGCUUUUAUUGUGAAUGCAAAGAGAAGAAAAUGUGUGUGAAUGCUCACGUAUGGACCAAAAGCAAGUUUAUGGGCAUGUCAAUAGGUGUUUCUAUGGUAGGUGAAGGUGUUCUUUACUUGCUGGAACACGAAGAAGAGUAUGUUUUCACCCUGCCCAGUGCCUAUGCUCGUUCAAUACUUACCAUCCCAUGGGUGGAGCUUGGAGGGAAAGUCAACAUCAAUUGUGCCAGAACAGGCUAUUCUGCCACUGUCACGUUCCACACCAAGCCGUUCUAUGGAGGGAAGGUCCACAGGGUUACAGCCGAAGUGAAACACAAUCCCACAAACACCAUUGUGUGCAAGGCACAGGGAGAAUGGAAUGGUACACUGGAAUUUACUUACAGCAAUGGAGACACCAAAGUGAUUGACACCAACAAACUGCCUGUUGUCAGGAAAAAGAUCAGGCCGAUCGCGAAGCAAGGCCCGCUGGAAUCGAGGCGCCUGUGGCAGAACGUCACCAACUCUCUGAAGGAAGGGAACAUCGAUGCAGCCACGGAACACAAGCACCGCCUGGAAGAGAGGCAGCGGGCAGAGGAGAGGCAGCGUGCGGCUCUCACCACACCCUGGAAACCCAAGUAUUUUGUCAAAGAGGGUGAUGGCUGGCUGUACUUGAAUCCUCUCUGGAAGACCCAUUGAUGGCAGAGAGCAGUUGCUCAUAACUUUACCUGAAAGGCAUUAAAAUGUUACAGUAUGUAGCUUCAGGAUGUCAUUGGAUAGGUCCUGUAAUCAGAAGAUCCCCACAGGAAGCUAUGUACUGUGAAUGAUGCAUCUCAAAAUAACCAUGAGCUCGAGUUUAUUCAGGAGCCAUUUUGUGUGUACGGAUACACAGACACACAUGCACACACCCAUGAAUACACACGUAUGUACACACAGUGUGUAUGUGUUUGUGUGUGUAUUAUUUACACUACAUGUAAACAGGUAUAAACACUAACAGCGAUUCAAAGACCUUUUCCUCUAAGUGUUAGGGCACAGAACUCCAGCUGGACUCAGCUGGGGUUCCCCGAGUUGUGUGCUUGCAGGAUCAGGCCCUAUGCUAGUAUUUAAGAAAAUACUUUUUUAGUACUGGUUAAGGUUUUUCUAUUUUUCACUUUUGCCAAAAAUGUUUUGCACUUAAAAUGUGACGUGUCUCUUACUGGCAGUUGUUCUGUCUAAAGUCACCGAGUAACUCACUUUGACAUAAGAAUGAUACACUGACCGUGUGUUCGCUCCCUGGGAUGCCGAUUUAAGGGCAUGUUUCCUGUCACUUACCAGUGUGAAUUUUCUGCCAUCCUGUAAGAAGUAGCAAUACCUUCUCAAGAACGUUGUUCGCACUAACCUGUUGUGUCCUCACUCUUUUGUCUGUUCGUAUUUCAGCUGUUUAAUUGACCUCUGGUCACCCGUGACCAGCUGCUCUGGUAACUUUGAUCUUGCUGUGUAAUGUUUUCUGGCCACUGUCAUGCCAGCACUUCUGGCUUACAUGUUCCGCUAAAUCCCUCCUGGCAGAUGUAACUGCGGUGUUCCAGCUCACUCUUGCCUCAGCUCUCCACGUCCUGUAAGAGAGGCUUGGCACACCACUGGGCUCUGCUGGGGACACCCUGGUCACAGCCUUUGCCUUUCCAGUGAAACCACUGCUGAUGUCUGGGCUGUGCAGGCAGGAGCCCUGUCCUUGUGUGUGGCUGUGAUGGGCAUAAGCUUUCCCCACCGGCCCCAAGGUGGGUUCUGUUCACUGCUCUGGAGAAACAGAGCUGCUCUGCUCAGAGCCUUUAAACCCUCUUAGGGCUCCAAGCAGCCCUAUAUUUCAGUUUCUUUGGCUUUUAACCCAGGGGAUUGCUUCUGGAUGAAACACUCGGAUGAGAUGAUAUAACUAGCCUUCUCAGAGAAAUGAUUUUCUGAUGAAAAAGUAACAAUUUAGUACAUUAUUACACGGAGACAAUAACUUUUUUAAUUAAACAAAUGGAAUACAAUUUGUUUUGUAGAUCAAAAAGGUAAAAAAAUCCUGUAGCUUGAUCUUGCUUUGUAAGGUAACCACUGUGACACUGACAAAGUGGGUUCUAAAGGUCUGUUAAGGCUUUGUUGAUUUUUAGUUCAUAUUUGUUGAAAGUGAAGAUGUUUUUGAGAGAGGUGGCAGCAAAAGGCACAUGUACAAUGUGCUGACUUCUGCUCAGUGCUUCUUUCCACAGUGCCCCUAAAGAAACCACUGUAUUUCCAACACACAGUAGCAUGGAUGCCUACCUGUCUGUAGUACUGAUUGAUUUUGUGCCUUUUGUCUGCUUUCUUAAUACACUAACUUACGCUUUAUAGGUGUUACACAAAGAUACUUAGGUCAAAGCACUGCUCACAUCUGUCCUUGUGCAUCCUGCGUUUUGGUUUUUUGGUAGAUGUCAAAAUCCUUUGAGCGACUCAAAAGGCUGAGCAGAGGUGUGUACACAAGGAAACAUGCCAUUAAUUGUUCCUUUGGACAUAAUAUGUAAUAGAUCUUUACAUUUGAGCUUCAGAUCCCUGUUUAAUGAAGGUGUGGCUACUUUUUUCUCCUAAAUCCUAUUUUGUCUGCUUGUCUGUCCUUUUUUUUUGCACAUUAGAAAAACUCAUGUUCUAAAUUAUUUAAAUCCUGUUUUUUAAAAGAAGUGGACUGUAUGAGCUUGGUUUUGUAACUGACACUUUUUUUUUAAAGGAAAAAAAAUUAUUUUUUAGGAAUAGUUGAUGUAAUAGUUUUCUGUAACAAAACCAAAAUGAUGCUGUUGUAGUAUUUACUGAACCAAGUAUCAUCAGGAAAAUGUGUACUUUAUCACCUGCAGGAAUUCACUUUGUAACGGAUCCACUCAUUUUCUAGAGGUUAGUCUGAUAAGUACCUAGAAGUAUUCCUACAGUUUGUAAUAUCACAAAGAACAAUCGAAAAAGCAGAAUUAAACACAUGGAACAUCCUCCCAAAACUCUUUCACACACCAAAGAACAAGACACAUACUCACUAAAAUAGCCAUUGCAAACCUCUGUGUGUCAGGCAUGCAGGCCUUUGCCACUGAAGGAGUAACCUCUUUCAGCUUUGAUGGUGUGACUGUCGAGGCUACAGAGAUGCUGUAGCCUUUCUUUUAAGGAGAAAUCUGAGUAAUUUUCUGCUUGUAAUUUAUUGAAGAUUUUUUCUGUCUGCAUGGUUGGUUGUUUCUGCAUGCCAAGAACAUUCCACUUGUGCUCUGAUCAAUGUUUUGUUCCAUUCUGAUGCUGUGGAGAGUCCCCUGAUGCCAUUACCCCUGUUUAUUUCCCAAAGAAAGAACUUGGGAGACACAAACAUAAAAACAGUCCUUUCUGAAAAGAUCCCAUCAGCGAGAGAUUCCAGAAUAGGAUUCACAACUGUCAUUUUAUUUUUCUGAUAGCUACGUGUUUGGUAUAUUUUACAGGACUGAAAAGUAAAUAUUCAUAAGCCUUAUUCUGUAGGUUGUUCCAAUAGCUGUCUUGGAAUUGCAAGUAAAUACUUUCCUUUUCAAGUAGCCAAUGUACACUGAAUUGUAAUGUAAAAACCUCCAUGUACUUCAAUUUUUUUGUGUGCACACCUGUAGAAAGCCUAUGCAACCUUUUUCUUUCCUAAAUUAGAAAUGUUCAGAAGGAAAAUUUAUACCUUUAUCAUUUAAAAGAUGCUCUGGCAGUCUCUUCUGAUUUGCCUUCCUUUCAUAAUUUGUGAAUUUAAAAUGAGAAUGCUCAUGAAUAAAAGAUUUGUUUCAUUUA